AUGGCUGACGCUGACACAAGUGGCAUUGAUGGCUGGCAUCUUGUUCCAGCAACAGUAAUUCGGGAGGAAGAGCAGAUAGAAGAAUGGGGGAAGUCCAAUGGAAACUGGUCGGGCGUCGGCAAACACUUAACGAAUUGGAGCGACCACAAGACGCUACGAGUUCAGGGUCGAGAAUUGGGACUCGGUUCAUAUGGAGAGGUGGAACGCAUCACCUAUAAAGCCGUUACCCUGGCGCGAAAACAUGUCAGCCCAAGGAGAGGACGCUUGACGCUCGAAAAGCUUCGAGAAGAAGCUAAUGCGAUGGAGCGGCUGGAUAAUAAACACAUAUUAAAAUUAGUCGGCACUUAUACCUUCAAAACCAAGCAUCUCUAUCUCCUCCUAUACCCUGCAGCUGUGUGCGAUCUACACCGAUUUCUAGAGGAGGUUGACGAUAUACGUUCUGGAGCUCAUGCGGACCGACAAGACGCCAUGAAGCGCAUACAAGAUCUUGGAUUGAAAGAUGUCAGCACAAUUGAGGAACUUGCAUUUCCGAAAAAUCAGUCCCAAUCAAUUCCUCGGACAGCUACAGCAGUUGGCUUCCUUCAGCAGAUCCUCGGGUGUAUAACGGAGGCUUUGGCUUAUGUACAUGCACAAGGAAUCCGACAUAUGGAUUUGAAGCCUAAAAAUAUAUUGCUUAGCCCUGGAAAAGUCUACUUGGCGGACUUUGGCAUAGCUAGAGAUGUCAGGGAGUCAGAGGAUAGUAUUACAAGUACCCGCCUGGGGACUCCAUAUUGGAUGGCGCCGGAGGUUCAUGAUGAGCAAGUCCAUCACAUGGCCCCUGCCGAUAUUUGGUCGCUCGGAAGUAUUUUCCUAAAUACAGCGACUGUUUUUUACGGCGAAUCUUUAGAGUCAUACGAUGAGAUCAUGAAAGGGCAGGACUGCGAAAAGAAGUAUAAAAUGUUGCCAAAAUACCUAAAUGGAUUAAGGACAAAAGCUGUCUCUGCGGCACUUGAGGACUACGAAAACCCGACUUUCAAUGUCAAGCAUAUCAUUGGACUCAUCGAAGACAUGCUCAAAUACGACCCAGAAGAGAGGCCUACGGCAAUUGAAGUAAAUGAAAGAUUAUCUGAGUUGGGAGGUCUAGACCAGGUUUAUCAUCUUUCAUGUUGCCAUAAGAAGAACGCAUAUAUAUCGAAAGUCAUUAACAAGAAACUAAAGUCUGUCCAUGAGGUGAAUGCAGACUCCGUCCUCCAGAUAGCCCAGCUGAAGGUGGAAAACGACGAGUACAAGGAACGCCUUCGACGUCUUGAGGAGCUCAAGAAUACUUGGGAGACGCGGCUAGACAAUCAGAAAAAACACAGUGGUGACCAGUACCGAGCACUGCAAGAAAAGUACAAUCAAGAAGUCGACGCGCGGAAGAAAUUCGAAAAGGACCACAAACCAUUCCGUCGGCCGUGGUCCCAAAAUAAAGGCAGGGGCAGGGGCAGGGGCCAGGAAUUGCUUCACACCACUGGCAACAAACCUCCUCCUUUACCAAAACCCCUGAAACAUGAGAUGUACUUGAACCCUCGUACCCAGCAACGCGCAAGUGGUUUACCACUCCCGAUCCGACCCUCAACACCGAUCCGACCCGCUCUCAGUAGAGAUCCAGGAAGCAGUUCGAGCACGUAUGUCAGCUCGAAAUGUUCAGUCUUCUCGCGCGCCAGCCCCAACGAAUCGCUCAGCUCUGUCAGCUCUGUCAGCUCAUUGAGGACAGUAAGGAGCGUCUCGCCUAGCAGUCCUACGACAGCAAAACCUCGCAAUCCUGCAGAAACAGCAUUGGAUCUGUCAGCCUGCCCGGCCGUGGCAAACGAGAUUCUGAAACCGGCUGUUGUGAAGAAGGUCGAUCAUGAGGCGAAGCCGUCUUGGGCGAAUGUGGUAUCAUUGCGGCCGAUACAAUGA